AUGACGAUUAUUCCUGGAAUACAGGACUGGAAGAAAGCCAGGGGCACGGGACAGCUGGAAGCAGCUCCUUGCCAGGUGGAUUUGGUCCUUGCAGCAGAGUACGUAGCAGCCAGUGGGGGGCCUAGAGACGAGUGUGAAACGGGAGAAUCCAGUGUCCUUCAGCUCAGCUGGUGGUCAAGGAAAAAAAUGGGCUUUGGCCUAUUUAUGCAUUCGAAUCCCAGUUCUGCCUUUUGCCUAGAGGGACUGGUUGGUGCCAGGUGGAAGGUGAUUGUUUUGCUGCUCCUAUUGAUGCCCAGCCCUGGUGGUGAAGGGUUAUUUUGCUCCAUGUACAAACAUAACCAGACUUCCAAACCACAUAAGGGGUAUGUAGGACAGCCAUUGUUUCUUACUCACUAUAUUGAAGCUGGGAACUCUGCAAAAGGAAAACACCUGAGCCUGGUUGCUCCUUUCCCUGGAUGGAACAGCAAGAGUUUCACUGGCUACCUCACUGUGAAUAAGACUUACAACAGCAACCUUUUCUUCUGGUUCUUUCCUGCUCAGGUAAAGACUUUAGAGGCUCCACUAGUUCUCUGGCUGCAGGGUGGGCCAGGAGGUCCAUCCAUGUUUGGACUCUUUAUGGAACAUGUCACAAGAAAUAUGACCUUGCAUGCCAGAGAUUUUCCCUGGACUACUAUAUUUUCAAUGCUUUACUUUGAUAAUCCAGUGGGCACUGGCUUCAGUUUUACCAAUGACCCCCAGGGAUAUGCAGUCAAUGAGGAGGAUGUGGCAUGAGAUUUAUACAGUGCACUAAUUCAGUUUUUCCAAUUGUUUCUUGAAUAUAAAGAGAAUGACUUUUAUGCCACUGGGGAGUCUUAUGCAGGGAAAUAUGUGCCAGCCAUUGCUCACUAUAUCCAUGUACUCAACCCCGUGAUGUCGAUGAAGAUCAACCUGAAAGGAAUUGCUAUUGGAGAUGCAUAUUCUGAUCCUGAAUCACUCAUAGAAGGCUAUGCAGCAUUCCUGUACCAGACUGGCUUGUUGGAUGAGAAGCAGCGAAAGUACUUCCAGAAGCAGUGCGAUGCGUGCAUGAAAUACAUCCAGGAGAAGUGGCUUCAAGCCUUUGAAGUACUGGAUAAACUACUAGAUGGUGACUUAAUAAACAACCCCUCUUACUUCCAGAAGGUUACAGGAUGUACUAAUUACUAUAACAUUUUACAGUGUGUGGAACCUGCAGACCAAAGUUACUAUGUGAAGUAUUUGUCCCUCCCACAAGUGAGACAAGACAUCCAUAUGGGAAACCGGACUUUUGAUGAUGGAUCUGAAGUUGAAAAGAACAUGCGGGAAGACACAGUAAAGUCAGUUAAGCCAUGGUUAACUGAAAUUAUGAACACUUACAAGGUUCUGAUCUACACUGGCCAACUGGACAUCAUCGUGGCAGCUCCCCUGACAGACCACUCCUUGAUGGCUAUGAACUGGAAAGGAUCCCAGGAACAGAAGGCAAAAAGGAAAGUUUGGAAGAUCUUUAAAUCCAAUGAUGAUGUGGCUGGUUAUGUGCGGCAAGUGAAUGACUUCUGUCAGGUAAUUGUUCAAGGUGGAGGACACUUUUUACCCUCUGACCAGCCUCUGAGAUCUUUUGACAUGAUUCAUCGAUUCAUUCUUGGGAGAGGACGGGGUCCUUGUUGGUGGAUAAACUACUUCCCUGAAAGAGAAUGUCGGGAGUUUUAGUCUUUGAACAUUUUCAAAACAGGGAAUAUUAUAUUAAUUAGAAAUUUUAUUUUUAUAUCUGCUAAACAUUCCUCAUCAAUAAAAUUAUCCUCAAAACAAAUUAGGUUCUAUUUUGGGGGAGAGAUAGCUUUUUACAAGAGAAACUAUAAGAAAAUGCUGUGCGUGAGCAAGAAUCACAUCGUUUAACUUAAAGGAUGGAAAGAAUGGAUUCUGAGAUUUGACAGAAAUGGAUAAAUGAGAGGUUGGGAUCUUGAAUGGGAAUUUUAAAGAGUAUGUGAAAAGGGCAAUAAACGAA